AAAAAAAAGUUUCAAUGUGAUUUUCCCUUUAUUUACAACUACCAUUGCACAAAUUUCGAAUCAAUUACCCCAGAACAAUAUCAUACUCUUUCAUAAUGGGGUCUUCCAAAGCUGUUCCUAGUGAACAAAAGAAAAAGUCAAAGUCAAAGUCCUCCUCCAAAUCUUCUGCCAAAGUUUCAACUAAAACUCCAGUCGCCAAAUCACCGCAAAAUUUCAAGAGCUCUGAAUUCGUUGGAGAAAGCGACAAUGAGAAUGAUGAGCCAAUGGGAAAUAAUUCAGAUUCAGAUUCCGAUAGUGACAAUGACUCUCUGCCAUCGAAUCCCGCUAAAUCCACACCUAAAUCCAAGUCCAAAUCUAAUGGUAAAGCCGCAGAAAGUAGCGACAGUUCCGAGGCUGAAAGCGAGGAAGAGAGUGAAAGUGGAAGUGGAAGCGAUAAAGAGAAUGAGCAGGAAUCCGAAAGUGAAAAUGAAUCGAAUGCAAAUGGAAAAAAGUCUGCUGUGGCGCCGCCGUCUAAGUAAGUUCUUCGAAGCUCGCCAGAGUUUGAAAUUAUUCGCUGAUAAUAUAUUAGAAAGGAUGCUAAAACCGUGUCAAUGAAAGUUGCGCCCUUCAAGCCCCCUCCUGGAUUCGAGAAGACUUCAUCGAAGAACUCGAGCAUUACAUCACAACUAUUUAACAAGUCUAAUUUAGAGGGCAAGGAGAUUUGGUAUAUCACAGCACCUGCGUCAGUGCCUAUCAACUCCGUGAAGGAAAUUUCGCUACAAGAUGCGAAAUUGGGCAAGGCAGUAUUUUCACACGACGACAAUGAUUAUGGUUUCAUUAACGAUCCACUCGAAGAUAAGACAUAUACCAAGAUCCUGAUACCAAGCAAUCCCAAAGAUGGUUACUCUAUUGGUAACCAUCCCCCUGCAACUAAUUCCUCCUAAUACUAAUGAAUCAUUCUAGAAAGAAAGCCUGUGGACCAGAUAUAUCAUAUGCAACAAGUAGUCAACAUUUCAAAGGAAAAUUCCAGCCAGGCUACAGUGCUAGCAAAAAGACCUGUCCGCCAACAGCCUAAAGGUCUUAAAGCGCGAUUUCAACCAAUUGGAUUUGCAAGCGCACCUGGUAUCAUUGGAUCCGACGAAGAUGAGAGUGACUCGGAAGAACGCGCUCCCAAGUUCCAAAAAAUCGCAAUGUCAGAAGACGAGAUAUCGGACGUAGAGAUGGAAGAUGCACCGCCAUCCUUAAACCCUGCGAAGAAAUCAAAGUCUGAUAAGUCGAAGAAGAGCCAGAAGGACUCACAAGAGAGUGCGGAUCGCUCAUCGAAAAAGAAGCACAAGGAUACUGGAGACAGGAAGAAAAAGCACAAGAGUUCGUUCACAUCAGCCUCCCCAGAAAUACAGGAACUGAAAAUUUUGAAGAAGCAGACAGCAAUUGAGCUCGCGAAUCAGUCCAUUCCAUUACGACUGCGGGCCACAUCGCAUUCAGAUUCGGCUCCUGAAAACCCAACUGAUACUAGUCCUUCCAAACCUUCCAUACUCCUAUCAAGCAAGGCGUCCUCUAAUUUAAACACAACACUUCCGCAAGCUCAAACUACCAACCUUCGAUCCCACCACGAAACAACUAUCUCAAACGCGGAGAGUACGAAGAAGAAAGCUAUAAGAGCACCCGUCAGUAAAGAUUCAGGUAUGGCAACCAUUGAGGAAGAAGCUAGACGGGAGAAAAAAGCGCACAAGGAGGCGAAGAGGAGACGAUUGAAAUCUCGGACUGAUAACAUUUGAUGGUUGGGACAUUGUGCAUAAAAAGGUUUUUUGCUUUCUCCAGCGGGGAUUGGAGUCAUGGUAAUCAACUUACUCACGAGGCAGACUCAAAAAUAAUGAUACCAAAAUUAACCUCAUAUUACUCCAUGAGCAACCUUGUUCAUCCUCUGCUUCUUUGCCUCAAGCGAACCCCCUCCCGCAAGAAAUGUCGAUCAUUGUUGUCUUUAGUCUUGGCAAGCAAUGGUUAAGUGAGUUAUAAUUAUAGCUUCGUAGCUUCAUACAGAAAGCUGUGAAAGAUCCAGAAGGAUAUUAAGAAUAUUUCAAGUACCAAUUCUCCCUUUUGAUAGUAUUGAUCUUGAAUAUGCCUCCAUUCAUACCAAACUC